GUGAUAAGUUAUCGCUACUAAGCUCAGUCGGUGUUGGCCCGAGCCCCGCGGCGCGCGCGUCAGUCCGAGUGGGAACAAUCAUGCGCGGCGCCCCUCAUCACCAUGAGACCUCUAGCCAAACUAUUCUUUCUAACUUCCUUCCUCUUCGUAACACUGUUCCUAUACAUGUCUCUAAGAGAAAUAAAAAACACGCAACUACUAUUUGAGACUAAAAACAUCUUCAAUAUAGAAAAAAACUUAACAAGAUUUAAUUUUGUUGAUAAACUAAUAAAAAGUGACAAAAGUGAUAAAAAAAUCAAGUACAUUUUACAGUGGACUAAUCCGAAUAAUGUACCUUUUGUGUAUAUGCUCGAGGGUAACAAAGUGUUCAUAGAGCGAAAGUGUGAAUAUACCAAUUGUUAUGUCACUAGUAACAAAAGUCUACUAGGGGACGUUAGUAAGUUCGAUGUCAUUGCGUUUUCGGGAACUGAAGUCGUUUACUGGCCUAUUGAAAACUUAAUACCUCCCAAGCGAUCUCCGCACCAGAAGUACGUUUUUACUAACAUAGAAUCAGCUGAUAAUUACCCAUUCUGCUCCAACAAGUUGGAUAAUUUCUUCAACUGGACAUGGACAUUUAGAUUAGACUCUGAAACUAAAUGGGGCUACAUAAUUGUCAGAGAUGCAAACAACAAUAUCAUUGGCCCUAAGAAAGAGAUGCAUUGGAUGAAGUUGCAAGACAUGGAUCCCGUGAGUGAAAAGCUAAGUGCAGAGUUUAGGAAAAAAUCCAAAGCAGCAGCGUGGUUCGUGUCCAAUUGCUGGACAAGAAGUCGCCGGGAGAACUUCGCGAGUGACCUGCAAAAAGCCUUAAAGCCCUACGACUUAGAAGUAGAUAUUUACGGAAAGUGUGGCCCUUACAAAUGCGAGCGCGACGACGAAGAAGCAUGUUUUCAGAUAAUAAAGCGGGACUAUUAUUUUUACCUGUCGUUUGAGAACUCAUUAAGUGAGGACUACGUGACUGAAAAACUUCUGUCUGCGUUGAAAUACAAUGCGAUACCUAUUGUUUAUGGAGGAGCCAAUUAUACUAGAUUUAUGCCAGACGGAAUAUACCUGAAUGCCAGAGAACUAGGAGCGGAAAAAUUAGCAAAGAAAAUGAAAUACCUUAUAGACCAUCCCGAUGAGUACAAAGAGUAUUUCCGAUGGAAAAACCAUUAUUCUUAUAGCAGAAGAAACGACUACGCAGAAACUGACGACUAUUGUGGUUUCUGUACACUUCUUAAUAAUGAAGAGAUGGUGAAAAAGAAGUCUGUAUACAAGAACUUUAAAGAGUGGUGGAAUGACCCUCACCGUUGUUAAGAGGAAAGGGGCCGGCCAGUUCUCCAUACAAACGUAGCCCUCAUUUUCCUCUCUGGAUAUUAACAUUACAAGAAAUCUUUUAUU